GGGGAGCAAUAUUCACUCGUUGAACUGAGAGUUGUUGGAAGCGCUGGACAGUGUAGGAGGGUCGUGGUUAACACGCCUCUUCAAUGUUGCAUGGAAGGCGGGUAGGGUACCUCUGGAUUGGCAAACUUAGGUUGUGGUUCCCAUUUAUUUUUUUUCAAAAGGGGACCAGAGGGUGUACUCCAACUACAGAGGAACCACACUCCUCAGCGUCCCAGGUAAAGCUUGUGUCAGAGUGCUGGAGAGGAGGCUCCGCUCAGUGGUCGAGCCUCAGAUGCAGGAGGAAGAAUACGGAUUCCGUCAGGGUCGUGAAACAACGGACCAGCUCUUUUCCCUCUCACAGAUAUUUGAGGGGUCAUGGGAGUACGCUUGACCAGUCUACCUUUGCUUUGUAGACUUGGAGAAAGCAUAUGACCGUGUUCCCCGCAAUGUCUUGUGGGAGGUGCUGCGGGAGUACGAUGUACCGGUGCCGCUUGUGUGCGCUAUCCAGUCCCUCUAUUCGCAGAGUGAUAGCUGUGUCCGUAUUCUUGGUGUUGAAUCAAAGUCGUUCACUGUGGGUGUUGGACUCCGCCAAGGGUGCGUCUUGUAUCCACUCCUGUUUGUGACUUUCAUGGACAGGAUAUCAAGGCGCAGCCGAGGUAUGGAGAGUAUCCGGUCCGGGGACAUGGAGGCGGCGUCGCUGCUUUUAGCAGACGACGUUGUCCUCUCUGCCUCGUCAGUCUGUGAUCUCCAGCGUGCACUUGAGCGGUUUGAUGCCGAGUGUGAAGCGGCUGGGAUGAGGAUCAGCACCCCCAAAUCUGAGAUCUUGGUUCACGCCCAGGAGACGGUGGAGUGUUCUCUCCAGGUGAGGGCCUUUCAUGGAGGAGUUUUAGUACCUCGGGGUCUCUUUCCCGAGUGAUGGCAAGUGGGAGAGGGAGAUCAGCCGGCAGAUCGGUGCGGCGUCCGCAGUGUUGAGGGCGCUGUACUGUUCUGUGGUAGUGAUGCGUGAGCUGAGUUCUCCGACAAGGGGCCGAAAUGAGGGUUCUCCAUAGGGUUGCCAGACUCACUCUCCAUGAUUGGGUGAGGAGCUCAGUAAUCCGGUAAGCCUCAGAGUCGAGCUGCUGCUCCUCCGGAUCAAGAGGAGCCAGUUGAGGUGGUUCGGGGACCUGGUAAGGAUGCCCCCCCGGUAGACUCCCCCUGGAACUCUACCGGGCAGCACGUCCCACUAUGCGAAGACCCGCGGGCCGGCCCAGAACACGCCGGCAGUGGAACUAUGUCGCUCGGCUGGCCUGGGAACGCCUGGGAAUUCCCCAGGAAGAGCUAGAGCCUGUCGCCAGGGCAAGGGAGGUCUGGACCGCCCUACUCAACAUGCUGCCACCGCGACCCUCAUCAAGGCAAGCGAACUGAGAAACGAACGAAUGAACUGAGAUUUGGUGCCAAAUAUGCUACGCCACUGCGGAGACAACAUCACGGCACAGCGCAGAUUAUCGCAGUGUAAUCACUUCAUCAACGUGUGGCACGAGUCCAUAUCAGUAAUAGGCCCGUGGCUUGCUAAACUGGUGGUGUAAAUUAUUUGAGCACUCUCUGCUGUAUUUUAUAUUACAGAAAGCAAGUCCACUAGUGAUUACAUAAUUCUCUCUGUCGUCCAUAUGUUACGUAACAUAUACCAGCAUUUUAUAUGCUUGGCUUUAAUCUGUCUGCCUCUGGGCGCAUGCUAGCUAAUGUAGCAGGGUUUGGGAAUAAGGAAUGUUCAAAGGUUUUUUAUUUAUUUUUUGAUGAAAUUAGUAUCAUGGCAUUUAUGGGAUUAACAUGUAAAACAAAGAGAUAUAUAAUUUAUUUGCAUUGCAUAUCAAUUUGUGAUGAUACUUGCAGUUACUGAUUUAAACAUAAUUUAUCUAUUCAUCAUCAACCAUGUUUUAUCUACUGCUGGAUAAAGGUCUCUGCACGCCAUCGUCUUCCCAUAGUUUCGUGAUGCACAAUCCAUCUCGCCCCUGCAUAUAGCCUACUUAUCUCGAUGGAUUAGCAGACAAUGUCUACUUCACAUACUGUAUCUGUCUCUGUACAUACAAAAAAUAAUCUUUUACACAAUACAUCAGCCCCACUGACACCCAUAAAGCCGUGGGCCAAUAGCUUGUGUAAAAUAAACUUUAUUUUGUUUUAUAUAUAUAUGCAGAGACAUGUAUGGAUAGCUUUCGUCUGCUUAUCUAGUUUGUUCCCAAUAUUAUGCACAUGCAUGGGUUUAUCUGGGUGCUCCAGUUUCCUCCCAUAUGCAAACACUUAUUAAUUGGCCGAGAGCACCUUAAUAUAUAGAGGACCACAGAGCUUGGGAGAAAUGUAAUGUAACCACGACUGAUAUUUGUGUUACUUUCUCCAGACAUAGCUCUUGUGACACCGCUGAAUGAGCUGGUUGGCCGUAUCGGGUGGUGAAGGGUUACGACACAUUUAUAAAUUACGAGAUCUAACCCAAAAACCUUUAUUAUGAAUUGGCAUAUGAACUAAACUAUUUUGUCUUAGCAAACCUUGAAGGUCAAACGAACAUGUAACGGCGUAUUCUUCUCUGUCUCGUGAAGACACUGAACUUAGCUCGUUCAGUUGGCGUGUAUACUUUGCAACAUUGCGCUAAAUUGGAAACACACCUUAUUUAUUCAUCCAGAGUGAGUUCGUCUAAUUCAUUUUCCGAUCAGGUGAUGCACCGUGGUGGUGAUGAUGAUGAUGAGCUGUGUUUUGAUGGCAGAUGAUCGCUGUGCUUGUGUAACAUUGCAUUACGGGCUGGUUGUGUAUCGAGGUCAUCUCAGGACUAGCUACAAAGUGUUGCCAAUGUUUGUAUACAGUAGUUGUGUAUAACUUUUGGGUGCCUAAGAUUGGUCGAGAGGUCAGACUCGCUGGCGCCCUCGGGCGAGUGUUGUACGCCUGGGGCAGGGGUGUCUGGAACUUACUCAAACAAAGGUCCUAAAUGCAGGAGCGGCAAGGCCCCCCGUAGACAACAACACCAACACUGGACUGUAUUCAGGAAGCCUGGGUUUACAACAAAGCGGGUGCCCGAGUACGCCACUGAAUAUUCACAGGCGGGGGGAUUGUCAGGGAUGUGACUCCACGGUGUUGAGAUAAGAGCGUGCCCACGACACGAGCACAGAGGGCAAAAAAUUAAUAACGGGCCCUUUGGUAUGCGUUUUUGUUGUUGUUAAGUGUGAUGAAUGGCCGUGGCUGGCGUACACUCACAUUAGUGCAGAGUAUAGCAAGAACAAUACCGUUAAUAUAGUGUCGAGGCCAUGCUGUAAAUAUGCAGUACUGUAGUUCUGUAGAUAUGCUCUUCGCUCGCUCACCGUAUUGCUCAGUUUUGUGUUUUGUUUUGGUCGAUUUUUAUUUGAAAGUAAAAUUGAUCAAAUGCAUCGUGGCAAAGUCUGGUAUCUUUGCUUUUGCAAGAUGUCGUUUAACAGUGAGAUUUAAUAACUUUGCUUUUUUAAGUUUAUGUUUGUUGGACUUUCUAUGGGCUGGAUAGGAAUUAUCUACUGAUGGAAACAUAUUAAUACGUCGAUUCAAAUGUGUCAAUUGUCAACUUAAAGAAAUUGUCUUAAAUUUCCCAGGGCACCUUGGUGUCAAAUGCUCUCUCCGAAUGCAAUCCAAUCAAUGUGUCCUCUUGUUCUGCUCAGGGGAAGGGCUAUUUCCCAAGACGGUAUUAUUCUGGUACUGUAUAACGCUGGUGAAGAAAGUGAUAAUUUUUAUUAUUGCAUUAUAAUUUGGUUUGAUAUGUGAAGAGAUUGUAGGGUGACAUCAUUUAAUAGCCCUAAGUUAAUGUUGGAAAUUCCACAUUCUCAUGUAUUGCAGGACAUUCUCUGCAUGGUAUGGUGCACUGUGGACAUCCCACGAAGUAGUAUUCGUAUUGCUGACUCCAGAAGGACGGUGGAUGGAAUGAGUACCCCUCACCAGGAUUUAUUUUUACAACCUUUCCAUGGUGAAUUAAACACCAAGUCCUUUUUUUAAAAAUAAAGCUUAAAAAUAAAGAUUACUGCGCGUCCAAAAACCUGCAAACGUAAGUGGCCAAGAAGGAAUGACACGUGCACUGGUUGAACAGGUGUGAUUGGGGCAAAGCCGAAUGUUUGGAAUUCACCACUGAAGUUUCAUCCCACGAGCUCUCCUCGUCACACCGAAGAGGGUUACGGGACGCCCCACCAGUGCCCGCUCCACGUUUUCCCACACGUGCUCAGUAAAUCCCGCACAUGUUUGAUUUUACGCCUUUAUUUCAUUCUUUUUUUUUGCUUCGCUUAUGUCUCAGCUAUGUAGCGUUUUUAGGCUCCAUGCCCAAGAAUGGUUGGCAGCCCUGCGUGGCCAAGAGAGCAACGGCCUGCCAAGUGUAGCAACAUCUUCAACAUCGUCAUCAGCUUCAGCAGCAGCAAGUGGCCGAAGCAGUAGCAUGAAGCAAACGCAGCAGCAGCAGCAGCAUGUCGCGCUAUAGUCAUCGCACGCAGUGAUCGCAGUCCAGUGUAGUACAACAGCAUUUUGACACGUCUCUCACACACGCACGCACUUGCAUAGACACACACACUUGCAUACACACACGCAAUGAUGAGCUAAGGCAGAAGUAGUCCAUUCGUCUACACAGCUGAGCCACAGCUGCAAGCCCCCCUACGCAAUGCGUCAGACCACCUGAACCAAGACGGCCGGCAGGAACCCGGGCGCGCGAGCCCUCCAGGUGAGGGUGACGUUGGCCGUGACAGCUGUCACGGUUCAGACAACAACAACAACAACGUCAGCAGCAACCCGCCACGAGCCAUCCGCAUCUCAAGGACGCGGCAGCGGUGGCGGCGGGGGGUGGUGCUUGGUGGUUGUUGGCGACUUCAAUUCCCGGCUCAGUAAUUUCCCAGCGCCCUCGCCAAAGUGGGGGGCAAAGAACAGACGCCCCCCAGAGGCCGCCUCGGCGCCCUCACGCGCGAGACGUGGGCGGCAUCGCCCGCACCAUGCGGGAGGUCGCACCCGUCCUGCUGCUGCUCCUGGUGCUCUCCCUCGCGGCUGCGUCCGAGGCGGCCGAGGAACGGCCUGCGGUGGACGAGGGCCUACCACGCUUCAUAUGCAGCAUCCCCGGUCCCCCCGGCCCUCCAGGCUUACUGGGGUCCCCUGGAAUUCCGGGUCCCGCGGGGUCGGCGGGGAUGCCGGGAAGGGAUGGCAGAGACGGUGCCUUGGGAAGCAAGGGAGACCGGGGCCAGCCAGGCACAAAUGGAAAGCCCGGUAAGCCGGGCCUUCAGGGACAGAAAGGACUGCGUGGAGCCUACGGCAAGGCCGGGCCCAGGGGCGUGAAGGGACCUCCGGGUACCGUGGGGCCCUCCGGCCCUGCGGGCCCUCUCGGGAUGAAAGGGGUGCGCGGUGAGCGCGGGCCGCCCGGCAGCUGCAAGUGCAGCAACAUCCCUCGCUCGGCCUUCACGGCCGCCAUCACGGCCAGCUACCCGGAGGUGCGCACGCCCAUCAAGUUCGACAAGGUGCUGUUUAACGAGGGCGGCCACUACAGCGGGCUGACUGGGAAAUUCAUCUGCGCCAUCCCCGGUGUCUACUACUUCUCGUACGACGUGACGCUCGCCAACAAGCACCUGGCCAUCGGGCUCAUGCACAACGGGGUCUACCGCGUGCGCACAUUCGACGCCAACACGGGCAACCACGACGUGGCGUCGGGCGCCACGCUCUUGCUGCUCAAGCCCGAGGACGAAGUGUGGCUCCAGAUCUUCUACGCGGACCAAAACGGGCUCUUCUCUGACCCCAACUGGGCCGACAGCCUCUUCUCUGGGUUCCUGCUCUACCCCGACCCCGACUAUAUGGCUGACUACGAUGAGUUAUAACUGCACAGCGUGAGGAACUUGUUGGUAGGGACUGGUUUUGGGUUUGGGGAAAAUGGUGCUAAUUUCACUGAUGGACUUAUUGUGACCAGGCCUGUAUGAGUUGUUGUGCUGGGAAAACUAUGAAGCAAGGCUCAGCUCUCUGAGGUGACCACAGCAGCAAAGAUUCAAGUCUUUGCCAGAGGUUUCUAUGAGCAGGCCUUCAUACUCAACUGUAAAGAACCCCAUUAAUCAGGGCCUGAUUAUCCAACAAAUGGGGUAAGCAGCUGCCUUUGGAGCCAUGAGGCUUAACGUUGGAAGUUGGAGAGAUUGGAAUUGAUGGUAGAAAAGAGGCUUGGAUCCAAAAACAAAAUGAGGCAAAAUAUUAUUUGGACUUAGUGUUCAGUGGAUCCUCAAUCCAGGUCUGAUGAAGGCUCAUUUCCACAUCUUUGUCUAUAUACAGAGCCCCCAAAUAAUUGUUACAUGCUAUUUUAACCGUGUGUGCUGAUACAGAUUUCUGCAACUCAGGAAUGAAGAGUUUUCAGAAUUUGGCUAUAGAAUAAAGACAACUUGGAGUGUGGUGCUGUUAAUUGCUUGCAAAUGACACUAAAUUCCAGUCAUAUAUAGCAGGAGGACCGGUGAUGUGGGUAUUAACAGGACCAUUCUCAUAUAGUGUAAACCUACAGUGAGUGGAGUGAGGGACUGGUGUUGUACACAGGCUGGUCUCACGAGGCAUUAAAUCCUUUCAAACCGUGUGUGGGGAAAUAAAAUAUGUAAACCACGGAGUGAAUAUUAAUAGCUCUGUAUUGAAUGUUUUCUUGUUCAUCGUUCUUAAGGUAAUGGAGAGAAAAAAAAUGUGGUGAAUGUGAUAAUCAUUUGACUCUUCUGGUGAGAACAUAUUGCAUUGUAGGUGCCAAUCACCAGUUAUAAUCCACUCCAUGUAAACCUGUUUUGAUUUUGAGAUAUGGUAUUGCAAACGUUUUCAGAUCAACGCGUAUCACCGCUCAAACAAGUGUGCGAGUGUUGGUGAUGUUGAGCCCAUUGUGGACUUCUACUUUUUUAACAUUGAGGUUCCGUAUAUUCUUCGGACAACGACUGUUGGACUUUUCAUGAAGUGGCACUUACUCUCUGAACACCCGAGGGGUUUGGGUUGAGCCACCCCCACCGCCCGCCCGACUGGAAUUUGAACUUGAAACCUGCCACUGUGCCCUAGCCGUAGCAUUACCAAGCCGUGUAAACUUUAAUUUCAAAACUCUGUAAAGGUCAUUUUCCAAUAUCUGACAUCAGCCAUAAAUAUAUUGCGUAAUGGACUUGGCUGGGCACUUGAGCUGGACUCGAUGCAUGACAUAGAUUAUAAAUGCCAUGACCUGACCUGGAUGGGCAAGAUUGGUGCCCAGCACGGAAUUGACUGUGUUGCUUAAAUGGCAUCGCGUAACAGUGCGCGACUUGUGUAAUGCUAAGCCAUUCCACAUACACCAUCAACUGAAAGCACAACAAGCCACUUGCACAAACAUGGCAUUUACGUUAAAGUAAGGAUUUCAUUGAGGGCCAGUUUUUUUUUAUUAAAAUGUGUUUUUGAAGAGUACAAAACAGUUUGAUGUUAACAUCAAUUUAUUUAGCUGUUGGUUAUGGAACAGCUAUAAAAUAAAAAAUAUUUUCUCCAA